GCCUGCGCAGAGCCCAGGGCCACGUUGCUUUCGCGGUGCCGGGUAGCGUGAUCUCAGCCAUGGCGUCCGCGGACUCCCGGCGGAUGGGGAAUGGCGGCGGUGUUGGCGGAGCCUUCCAGCCAUACCUAGAUUCUUUGCGGCAGGAGUUGCAGCAGAGGGACCCGACGCUGCUGUCAGUCGUGGUGGCGCUCCUUGCGGUGCUGCUGACGCUAGUGUUCUGGAAGUUCAUCCGGAGCAGAAGAAGCAGUCAGAGAGCUGUUCUUCUUGUGGGCCUUUGUGAUUCCGGGAAAACAUUGCUUUUUGUCAGAUUGUUAACAGGCCUUUACAGAGACACUCAGACUUCCAUCACUGACAGCUCUGCUGCCUACAAAGUCAAUAACAACAGGGGCACUAACCUGACCUUGAUUGACCUCCCUGGACAUGAGAGCCUGAGACUUCAGUUCUUGGAGAGAUUUAAGGCUUCAGCCAGGGCUAUUGUGUUUGUUGUGGAUAGUGCAGCCUUCCAGCGAGAGGUGAAAGACGUGGCUGAGUUUCUGUAUCAAGUCCUCCUUGACAGUAUAGGUCUGAAGAACACACCGUCAUUCUUAAUCGCUUGUAAUAAGCAAGACAUUACAAUGGCAAAAUCAGCAAAGUUAAUUCAGCAGCAGCUUGAAAAAGAAAUCAAUACUUUACGGGUUACCCGUUCUGCUGCCCCGAGCACACUGGACAGUUCCAGCACUGCCCCUGCUCAGCUGGGGAAGAAAGGCAAAGAAUUUGAAUUCUCACAGUUGCCCCUCAAAGUAGAGUUCCUGGAGUGCAGUGCCAAGGGUGGAAGAGGGGAUGCUGGCUCUGCGGACAUCCAGGACUUGGAGAAGUGGCUGGCUAAAAUCUCCUGAGGACUAGAUCCAAACACAAGAUGUGAAUGUGUGUAUGUGUGAAUGACAGUUUUGGAAAAGGAUUUGGUAGUCUGGAGGGAAUAUUUCAAAUAUAGUUAGGAACUUUUCCUUAUUCUGGAAACACAUUAUUGUUGAAACCAGUGUGGAAUUUUUUUUUAUUUUUUAAGUUCAGUUCUCCCAUAUUGCUUUCAAGCUAGUUAUUUGAUUUGCUUUGUGUCUUCCCUUUUUAAAGUGUAUGUAAGAUCCCUUUAGUAUAUGCUUGAUGUAAGGUCUAACAAGUGGACCUCACACAGAGAGGAUACUAUCAUGAGAAUAUGAUGUCAUCUAAAGUGUUUUCUUAUCCUCUGCUUCUGUGCUUUGGCCCCCUUAUCCUGGAAACAAAGAUGUCUUGUGUGGAUCUGGGUGAUUUCCAGUUGCCCUUCAUGGGCAAUACAUGAAUCUUCAGAUUUGUUGGUACAGUUACAACAUGGUCUCCGGACAUGUAAAGAGAGGUUGCAAACAGCAAGGCCGUGCUGACAGUAGUCUGUUCUUCAUCAGCUCAGUGACUUGUCCACACUCUAGCCUUGUAACACUUAAGUUUCAGAAACAUUAUGAAUUCUUGGAGUCAUUCCUAGACAAUGGAACUGUAAGUGCUAAAUCCCCAAAUGCUACUAAAAUGUACACUAGAAAUGACCAUUCUAGUGGUUUCCCUUAACUAGGGAACAUAUGGAGAUUUAGAAGCUGUUCUCUUUUUCUGAUGCAUGAGUGCUCCUGGGCUAUAUCUUUAUGUGCCGUUUGAUGAGCUCCUAUUUUGUACUCAUAGCAUGAAUGCUGUGGAACAAAUACAAGAUGAAAAAAGUUGUCUGUAGAUUUUUAAAGUGCACAUUCACUGAUGGGUUUUUUUUAAAAGCAAUUUCAAAGUGAUAUUCUUUGCUAUCUUUUUAAAUGUAUGGCUUUAUAAAUGGCUUUUUAUAAAUGAUUAGUAUAUAGGC